UGGUGUUUUGCUGCUGAAAAAUCUACUUCUAUUCUUCUUGCCAAAAUCUGGUCAAGCUCUUGUUGUUUUGUUCAAUUCUAAUGCUGAAACAAUAACUUACAUAGGCCUACACAAAAGGGUGCCAUCUGGUAUCAGAGUUGUUGGUUUGUAGAAGCAAUAUCAGGUGCAAGGUGAAGAAAGAAAAUCUUUAGAACUCCAUGGCGGCCACAAUUCCAAUUUUUGAUGGUGAGAACUACGAGUUUUGGAAUGUGAAGAUGAGAACUCUAUUUCUAUCUAUGGGAUUGUGGAAUACGGUAGUGAAUGGGUACAAUGAGAACAACGAGGAGGAACAACAGAGGGAUGCUGCAGCUCUUUCUCAAAUCCAGCAAGGCGUCUCAGACUGGAUCUUUAAAAAAAUCAUGAAUGCUACAAAAGCGAAACAAGCUUGGGACAUUCUUCAAGAAGAAUCUCGAAAAGAAGAGACGCCAACGCCAUGUAGUUGGAAUAGACUCUCAAGACCCAUAAGACUCUGAAGAAUGGCAGUACCCGCAAACAUCUCAAAAUCGAAGGAUGCCAUUUUGAUAGUGGCCACACUUAUAGCAACGGUGGCCUUCACAGCAGGUAUCACCAUGCCUGGUGGCUACAUUAAUGAUAACAAAGACCCGAACCAGGGAAUGGCAAUUCUAACAAGAAAAGCAGCUUUCAUAACUUUUGUGAUAACAGAUACCAUUGCCCUGACAUUAUCCGUUUUUGCAGUGCUUGGCCACCUCUCUACUAUGUUUGAUGACGACCCGAUUGUAGUAAAGAAGCAACAUAGUUUAGAUCUUACUGAUACUAUUUAUGCUAUGAUUGCAAUGUUGUUGGCAUUCAUUACAGGGACAUAUGCUGUGUUAGCACCUUCAAGGCUUUCUAUUUCAGUUUGUGUAAUCCCUUCCAUCAUUUGGUUCAUCCACGUUUACUGUAAGUUGGUCAUGCUACCUCAUGUGCGAACCGUAGAGUUCUAAGCCUAGCGCUCUCUCUCUCUCCCCCGAGCGAGCGAAAUCAGACAAUCUAUAGUUUAUGAUUUGGGAUUUGUCGAUUUGAGCUCUGAUGAGUGCACCCAAUCUGUAUCAGUUUCAGCAAUUAUGUAAAUAAAAUCUAUGCUUAUUGUUC